AUGAAAACAUUGCCGAAGAUUGUCAAAGGCACAGAGGACUUACCUUUCCCGUCAACGUAUAAAGGAGUACUGUCUUUCCUAGGAAGUCUGAAUUACUACAACAAGUUCAUUGAAGACCUACCUGUAGUUGCCGCUGUCCUCUAUAAGCUGGAUAAAGAACGCGUACGUGCUGGACGGAACCUGGAAGCCGCCAAGGAGUCCUUCGAGAUACUGAAGCGAAAGAUCGUUACGAUUUACUGGCAAAGUGUUGAUGGAGUCGGAGUUACGCUACCACAUAGCCGAGAAGGAAGUGCUCGCAAUCUUGUGGCCUCUGGAGGUUUCAGACCUCUGAUCCAUGGAUCAGAAUUCCCAGUUGUGGUGUAUACGCGCUACUCUGUACUGAAGUGGUUACUAGAAUUCAACACUGCAGAUGGACGGCAUCUGAAGUGGGGGCUGGAAUUAUCAAGAUGGACACUGGAAAUCCAUCGGUCUCACAAAGAUGAGGACGGCCUUGCGACCAUCUUUGGGUACGGUAUCACUCCAUGGGAACAUUUAGAUAAAGUUGCAGAAACCCUGAUUCCGGACAAGGGGCGUCUGAACGUGAUACCACCAGUGAGUCUGGAAAUGUUGGACGAGGACUAUCAAGGCUACGCUCUGAGUUUCGAUGGUGCUGCAAAGGUUUCUACGCGCCGAGGAAGCUGUGGGUGUAUAUUGUGGAAACUGCUAGGGUGGCAGGUCGUGAAGACUGAAGGACAUAUCCUAGAAGGUGUGACGGUCAACGACGCUGAAUAUCAUGAUUUAAUUCUGAGUUUAAAGCUCGCUAUGAAGCUAGAUGUUAAGGAACUUGCGGCAGUCGUUUUUGCGUCUGUAAAGUUGAUUCAUCUGAAACGUGAAUUUAACCAAGCAGCCGACUACCUGACCUCUAAGACCCUCGUGCUUGGAGAAUCCUGGGGACUCGAUUACACAGACGAGUUAGUGCAUCUACGUCUCGUAUCUAGAAUCCCUGAAAAGAUCCUGAAGCCUUCGGAAAUCCCAGAUACUCUUGCGACCGAUGCGGUUCGUACAGACCAAGCCGAACUUGGAAUUAGAAAUCCCGAUGCCGGAAUACCUGAGUCCCGCCGUGCUGAGGCACUGUUGGUGAUUGCGGGAGCACGUGCGGAAGCGGACAUAGGCUCCCGGACUCCUGUAGACCGGUCUGGAUACCGGAUGCACGUUAGAGAAGAAGAAGGCCCCACCAAGACGAGGAUCCAUCUUUCAAGGAAACAAGUGAAGAAGAUUGCUAAGGUCUCCGAUCAGUUUGUGUUGGAUUCACGAGAAUUCCUCUACAGAUUGAAUGCACCCACACCAGAGAGACCACGCAAUAAACAGUCAGAAUUUAGACUAAGUCUUUACGUGCUGACAUGCUACAUUACUCACAUGAAGACUUUUAGGGUGGCCACCAAGGAAUCAAUCGGACGUUUGAGCGCUUACGCUCAGAGUUCUACUGGAUCGGGAUGUAUGCCGACGUUCAGAAGUUCGCGAGGUAGUGUGUGGAUUGGGCGACCACCGGUCCUUGGCCCGUCACCUGGAAAUAUCGAACCAAGGUAUCCGUUUGAGGUGGUCUCUAUGGAUUUUGCCAUUGAGCUACCUGAGUCCGAGCGUGGGAACACAUACUUGUUGCAGUUCCAGGAUCAAUUCUCAGGAUACGUCAUGUGUAAGCCCAUGCGGAAUACCGAUACCCAAGAUGUUGCAGAAGCAUACGAGGAGUAUGUGUUCCGAAGGUUUGGGGCGAUUUCUACGAUCAACCAUGACCAGCAUCCCCGUUUCAUGAGCAAGGUGUUCACAAGAUUCAGAGACCUUCUGAAAAGUAUGCAGCGUGCGACGUUAGGAUACCGGCCUAAGGCCAAUGGACAACAGGAACGCUCUGUCCAACCUGUGCUGCGAAGUGUCAGAGCGUACGUCGCUGAAGAUGAUCAGAGCGACUGGGAUGAACAUGCAGAACGUCUCAUGUUCGCCUUGAAUACCUCGUUUUACGCUGCAAGAUUAGACACCCCGUUUUAUCUGGUACAUGGCUGGGAUACCCAGGGAACCUUAUCCGCAAUGCUGGGCCAGAAACCAUCCACAGUCCAAGAACGAACAGCCUUGGAAUGA